GGGUGUGAAGAAGAGUGUACUUAGUGUAUCAUACACACACACACACACACAGACACACACGCACACACACACACACACACACACACACACACACACACACACACACACACACACACACAUUAAUACAGCAUGGAGGUGUGUGAUGUGUCAGGCACCAGGAGGAAGAGGCGGAGGAAGAGGAGGAGUAGAACUACAGGUCCAAGCAGUGUGGAGGAUUACCAAGACCAAGUGGACUACCAUCAUCCAUCAAACCAUUGUGGACCCUCCAAGAGAAAGCAGCCCUUAAUAGACCACAAGAAACAACAGUUUCUGUGUCAGAGAAGCUCCUGGACGUUGGCUCGUAAGACCGCCGUGGCACGUCUGAACGAACUGACACCUGGUCUGCACUACGAGGUUACAUCAAAGACCGGACCCCCGCAUGCUCCUGUGUUUUCCGUGGGUGUGGAUGUGAGUGGUCUUCACUUUGAAGGCCGUGGGGCCACAAAGAAAAAGGCUAAGAUGAGGGCUGCUGAGAUAGCCCUUAAGUCCUUCAUCCAGUUCCCGGAUUGCUCACAGGCUCACACCACCAUGGAAGACAUCAAGACCACCAGUGUGGAUUACACGAGAGACCACUUGGACCAGUUUGAAGUGUUUGGUUCAGAGGAUGAACGCUGCACCUUCAUCAUGGAAAAGAAGAAGGAGGUCUUUACUCAAGUCCUCAGCUCCUCCCUUUUAGGACAUCUUAGUCCGAUGGCGCUGCUCGACAAACUGCGACCAGGACUGCAUUACUUCUGCCUGACAGAGCGACUUCACUGCCGGCCCGCCAGGAGGUUCAUGGUGGUGGUCCGGGUAGACGGGAGGUUCUUUGAGGGGUGCAGCCACAGUAAAAGACUGGCCAAGGAGCGGGCGGCGGCCUUGGCUCUACGCAGCUUGUACAACGUAAGCGUGGGCCCUGACAGGACGCUGAUAGACAUUCACGGCACCACACGGGAGCUACCUCUGUUCUUUGCCGAGUCCAUCUUCCAGCUGGUGACACUGAAACACCACCAGCUGAUGGAUGACAGCGUCUCUGGCCACAAAGUAACGGCUGCAAUCAUAAUGACCACAGGAUUUGACCCGAGAUCAGCUGAGGUGGUUUCCAUGGCAUCAGGGACCAAACAAUUGGAUGUUUGCAGUCACGACUGUACAGUACGCGACUGUCAUGCCGAGGUCCUCUGUAGGAGGGCGCUGCUGAGAUUCUUCUACGCUCAGCUGGAGCUGCUCAGUCAUCCUGAGUCCAUCUUUGUCCCGUCAACAAGCGGCGGCGUCUUCCGACUGCGAGAUGGCGUUCGAUUCCACAUGUACGUGACCUCGUCGCCAUGCGGGGACGCUCGUCUCAACUGUCCCUACGAGACCAACGCCUCAUACGCCAACAGAAGGUUGCACUGUCACCUCAGGAAGAAAGUGAUUGGGGGCGAGGGCACGCUGCCCAUCACAGCCACUCAGAAGAGAGAAGCUGUGUUGUCGGGUAAACCUGAAGGCAGCAUGUCCUGCACUGAUAAAAUAGCAAAGUGGUGUGUUGUCGGCCUGCAGGGGGCGCUCUUGUCACACUUGUUGGAGCCUGUCUACCUGCACAGCCUGACCGUGGGGACGCUGAGUCACACGGGUCACCUGCACCGGGUCUUAACGUGCCGUCUGGCACCCGUCAGACGCCCUCCGUACCCGUACAGACGCCAGCAGCCGCUCCUCGCCUGGGUUCGCAGUGGCGAGCGGCGUGCAGCUGGGAAAGCAUGGGGCGCCAGCAUCAACUGGAGUCUCGGCGAUGAAGACGUGGAGGAGAUCAGCGCGUCGUCAGGUAGACACUCGUGCUGUGGAACCCCGUCGAGGCUCAGUCGACGCCGUUUGUUCGCCCGCUGGCAGUGGCUGCACAAGCAGAUGAGAGGUUGGACGCCAGAGGACGCCGAGAAGACGCACGCCGGCUGGAAGGAGGCAGCCGGACAGUACCAAGGGGUCAUGCAGCGGUUUAAGGAAGCUCUGCAGGGCGCCGGCCUCGGAGUUUGGACCAGGAAAGUUCCAGAAGAAAAGAGUCAUUUUGACGUCUUGGAGGUUUAGCUUAUUAGCACUUAGGUUUCUUAGUGAGGGUGUGAGACACACCAUCAUAACAUCUGCUUGAAAGCAUUAAAGGAAAUGAAUGCUAGCUUGUUGUAAGGCUAAGAAUAUUUUAGUUUACUUAUAUUAAUUUACUUUAGCUUACAAAGCAACUAAAACAGUUGUUUUGAUUGUACUCAUUAAAAAACUUUCCUUGAUCUUCUGUUGAUUGGAUGUAGCUUUUAUCCAUUUGAAUGUUAAAGAUGAUUGAAUACAUGUAAAAAAUAUGUACUACAUCAUGUUUUUCCCUUUAAAUUAGUCUUAUUAUACAUAUUUAUAUGACAAUUUUGAAUAUACAGGGUGCCAUGCAUGUCUGAACACAAAAUGUAUUAUACAACUAUAAAUUGUAAUCUGAUAGAAAUCUGGUCUUUCGAAUUCAACGAUUAAUUGUAAUGCAUUUUAAAUGAUUUAACAUGUUCAAUUUAAUUAUCGUUUAAUUUGUUUAGAGCAGUUAUUCUCAAACUGUGGUACUCGUACCAUCUAGUGGUAUGCCAAAUAAUUACUUAAUUCAAUCAAUCAAUCAAUGUUUAUUUAUAUAGCCCUAAAUCACAAGUGUCUCAAAGGGCUGCACAAGCCACAACGACAUCCUCGGUUCAGAGCCCACAUAAGGGCAAGGAAAAAUUCACAACCCAGUGGGAUGUCAAUGAGAAUGACUAUGAGAAACCUUGGAGAGGACCCCCCCUCUCUCUAGGGGAGACCGGAUGCAAUGGACGUUGAGUAUUCAAACCAAGUGUUACUGUUCAAACUCUGUGUAAUGUAACAGUGGCCCAAAUUAUUAAAUAUAUAACCUCUGCCUUGUUUUUAAUGAAUAUUUAGACCUACUACGCCGCUGUAUUUUAAUGUUGGGUCAUUAUAGUGGUACUUAGAAUGCCAAGGGUUUUCUAAGGUGGUAGUUGGAGAAAAAAAAUUGAGAACCACUGGUUUAGUGUAGUUUUUCAUUAACUAAUUAUUAUCUGAUUAAUUACAACCUUGUUUUGUAUUAAUUUAUAUGUCCAGAUUUUAGGGCCACUGUAAUAAUAGUAUUUGCGUUCAUGAGUGAGGAUCUAAAGAGACAUCGCAAAUAAGUUUUACAAUGAGAUGUAAGU